GUGCGCACGCGUGGGACUGGCGCAGACUCCAGCGCCAGAAAUCCCCGUUUUUCUCUAAACUAAGAGCGUCUCUACGCCUCAAUACGAGCUUUACCACCCACCUUUGUCCUAAUGCCCUCGACCAGCCAGGGAAAUGGGGAGCCCUAUUUCGCAGUUGAGAAAAUCGAGGCUUGGAGCGGUGCUUCAGACACGCCGUCAAGGACAUUCGCGAGUCUCUCCGACACAAAACCUCUCCGGAGGUUCCUUCCCCAGGGAUGUAAUCCCCUUGCACAGACUGGCCGGAGCAAACUGCAGAAUCAAAGAGCUGCCUUGAAUCAACAGAUCCUGAAGGCUGUGCGGAUGAGGACAGGAGCAGAAAACCUUCUGAAAGUUGCCACAAACCAGAAGGUGCGGGAACAGGUGCGCCUGGAGCUGAGUUUCCUCAACUCCGACCUGCAGAUGCUCAAGGAGGAGCUGGAAGGGCUCAACAUCUCCGUGGGAGUGUACCAGAGUGCAGAGGAGGCAUUUAUGAUUCCCUUGAUUCCUCUUGGCCUGAAGGAGACCAAAGACGUUGACUUUUCAGUCAUCCUCAAGGAUUUUAUCCUGGAACAUUACAGUGAAGAUGGCUAUUUAUAUGAAGAUGAAAUCGCAGAUCUAAUGGAUCUGAGGCAGGCUUGUCGGACACCCAGCCGGGAUGAGGCCGGGGUUGAGCUGCUGAUGGGCUACUUCACCCAGCUGGGGUUUGUAGAGAGCCGAUUCUUCCCACCCACCUGCCAGAUGGGGCUCUUGUUUACCUGGUAUGACUCCCUCACCGGGGUUCCGGUCAGCCAACAGAACUUGCUGCUGGAGAAGGCCAGCAUCCUGUUCAACAUCGGAGCUCUCUAUACCCAGAUUGGGACCCGGUGCAAUCGGCAGACCCAAGCUGGGCUGGAGAGUGCCGUGGACGCCUUCCAGAGGGCUGCAGGGGUUUUAAACUACCUGAAAGAGACGUUCACUCAUACUCCGAGUUACGACAUGAGCCCCGCCAUGCUCAGUGUGCUGGUCAGAAUGAUGCUCGCUCAGGCCCAAGAAAGUGUGUUUGAGAAAAUCAGCCUCUCCGGGAUCCGGAACGAGUUCCUCACGCUAGUGAAGGUGGCGCAGGAGGCUGCCAAGGUGGGAGAGGUCUACCAGCAGCUGCAUGUGGCCAUGAGUCAGGCGCCGGUGAAGGAGAACAUCCCCUACUCCUGGGCCAGCCUGGCCUGCGUGAAGGCCCACCACUACUCGGCCCUGGCUCACUACUUCACCUCCAUCUUCCUCAUCGACCACCAGUUGAAUCGAGGUGCCGAUGAGGACCACCAGGAGCAGUGCCUGUCCCAGCUCUACGACCACAUGCCGGAGGGGCUGACACCCCUGGCCACGCUGAAGAAUGAUCAGCAGCGCCGGCAGCUAGGAAAGUGCCACCUGCGCAGAGCGAUCACCCACCAUGAGGAGUCGGUGAGGGAGGCCAGCCUGUGCAAGAAGCUGCGUGACAUCCAGGUGCUUCGGGAGGUGUUGUGGGCCGCACACCAGCGCACGAGGCUCAAGCACUCUGAGCACCAGGAGGACGACGAUCUCCUGAACUUGGCUGAUGCGCCCGGCAUUGUCUCUAAGACGGAACAAGAGGCUGAAAUGGUAUUGCCCCAGUUCUCCAAAGUGACAGUAACGGACUUCUUCCAGAAGCUGGGUCCCCUGUCUUUGUUUUCGGCUAACAAGAGGUGGACACCUCCCCGAAGCAUUCAUUUCAACUUGGAGGAAGGCGACCUGGGGUUCACCUUGCGAGGCAACACCCCUGUUCAAGUCCACUUUCUGGAUCCUUCUUGUUCUGCUGCGAUGGCAGGAACCAAGGAAGGAGAUUAUAUCAUUUCCAUUCAAGGUGUGGAUUGUAAGUGGCUGAUGGUGAGCGAGGUUAUGAAGCUGCUGAAGAGCUUCGGUGGGGAGGAGGUUGAGAUGAAGGUCGUGAGCCUCCUGGAUUCCACGUCAUCCAUGCAUAAUAAGUGUGCCACAUACUCUGUGGGAAUGCAGAAAACUUACUCCAUGAUCUGCUUAGCUAUAGAUGAUGAUGAUAAAACUGGUAAAACCAAGAAAAUCUCAAAAAAGCUUUCGUUUUUGAGUUGGGGCACCAAUAAGAACCAACGGAAGUCAGCCAGCACCUUGUGCCUCCCCACAGUGGGGGUGGAGAGGCCUCACACCAAGAAGAAGCUCUCCACUCCGUUCAGCCUGCUUCACUCUGACAGCUCUGUAUACUGACAGGAAGCAGAAACCGUCACUUCCGGGGUCCGCUGGGCCUUCACAUUUGUGCCAUAAUGCAGUGUAUCUCAAUAUUUUCAAAUCCCAUUUUGUCACAUGUGUUUGAUGUGCUUUUAUGAAAGUAACAAGAAACUUCUUAAGCUUGUGGGAAACACUUAAGGAGUAUCAGUAUUGCUGCAGGUUAUUUAUUCUAUUAUAUAGAGUAGUGUUGGAAUUAUGGCUGUUUUUAAUGGUUACAGUGACCACUUGUAAGUACUCUCAGCGUUAAAUUGUUAGCUACAUUAGUACUGUUUGUUAACUCUUCAGGUUUGGGUAAUAAUCUUUUCUUAACCCAGAAUUCAGAUGACCCUUGAAUUAAGGCAGGUCAGAGGACUAUAAUGAUAGAAUGAAAUUUGUUACUAAAAACUGUUCUAAAGAGCUGCUUCUUCAUGGAAUUCAUUAACUUAAAAGAAGAUGUUGCCAUUAUUUCUACGUAAUAUGAGUGCUAUUUCCCAGUAAAGUCUAGUACCAAUUUUGUCUUGAAUUAUUCUUUUUUUGGGGGGGAGGCAAUGCCAAAAAAAGAAAAAAAAAAAAAA